GAGAGAGAGAGAGAAAGAAAGAGAGAGAGAGAGAAAGAAAGAGAGAGAGAGAGAGAGAACAGCGGAAAGUUUAUGUGAGGCAGCAGCAGAGGUCUCACUCUGAGCGGAGUCAGGCGGGUCCGGCCCGGGCUCGGGAAACCUCGCUGCGGCUCGGCUGUGACAGGAUACUGAUACUCGCACUCACACACAGCGGCGAGUCUGAGGGGAGCCGUGGGGCGGAAACGGCGAGGAGUAGACGAGCUGUGAGAGUGUGUAAUGAGAGUGUGUGUGAGUGAAGGAGUGGCUCUAAACCGUUGUGUGUUUGAGGCCACAGUCUGGAGCAGCUGAAUGGUACCACGUCGGCUUCGUCAGGUUCUGCUGGACACAUAGAAAAGCGGUUGCUGAUGUGUGAUUUUCCUUCUCUCUGCUUGCUGUGAAAGAAGGAGAUACCAAGGAGAGAAGAUGCCCGUCCCGCCGCCACCACCUCCACCCCCACCCCCUACAUUUUCUCAGGCAAACACAGAAAAGCCAGUCUUGAACAAGAAUGAACAGCAGGGCAGGAAUGCGUUACUGUCGGACAUCAACAAAGGAGCACGACUCAAGAAGACUGUAACCAAUGACCGCAGUGCACCUGUACUCGACAAGCCCAAAGGUGGUGGAGGAGGCGGAGGAGGAACAGGAGGAGGAGGAGGUGGUGGAGGAGGAGGAGGAGGAGGAGGAGGAGGAGGAGGAGGAGGGUUUGGAGGCGGCGCUCCUGGAGGACUUGGAGGGCUGUUCCAGGAUGGGAUGCCAAAGCUGCGCUCCACCAGAGAUGACUCUGGUGGUGCUAGACCCCCCUGCCUUCCUCCUGGUGCCCGUAGUUCCGGUCCACGGCCAUUUACAGGAGGUGCUGGCUCCGCCCCUCGUUUGCCUGGGCCCCGUAACGGUUCAUCUGACCCUCCGCGGCCUCGAAUGACUCCUCCCCGUCCUGAAACACAUGGAGGUCCGCCCCCACCUGUUCCCAACACUCCACGCCCCAACCAGGGUGGCUUUCAAAGUAGAGGACCACCCCCACUGCCUGGUGGACCCCGCCCCUCAAGCUCUUCACCUGCUCCUCCUCCUCCAAACCCCCCUGGAAGACAGCCCGCACCCCCGCCCGUGCCGGGUGGUUUUGGACGUUCGUCUUCAAGUCCUGCAGCCCCUCCUCCUGUUCCGCAUUCUGGGCGGCCUCCUCUUCCUCCAGCCCCUGCCCGAGAUGACCGCCCGCCGCCCAUCCCCCCUGGUAACCGCCCAGCUUUACCCCUCCCACGAGAUGGUCCACCCCCUCCACCUUCUGCCAACAGCAAGCCGACACCUCCUCCAUCUUCCUCUCGCACACCUGUAAACUCCGCCCCUCCACUGCCACCAGGAAGACCGGGACGGCCCAGUGAGGAACACACCCCUCGUCUUCCUCAGAGACACCUCUCUCUCACCUCACAUGCCCCCUCCCCUCCUCCUGGGAGGGCGGGACAUCUUCCUCCACCACCAAGUGAGAGACCGCCACCUCUGGGUCGAAAUGCACCUGGAAGAUCAGGUCCUCUUCCACCUCCACCACCUUCUGGACGACCAGGCAGUGUGAGGUCACCAGCAGCUCCAACUCCACCAAACAGGCUCGGGUCUGAACCUCCUCGAGGUGGCAACAGACCACCCCUCCCACCAGACAGACCAGCCAUUGGGGGACCACCCCCUCCACCUCCACCCAUGGGCAAUGGUUACCACAGUCAGGGACAGUUUGCAGAUGAAUGGGAAAUGCGCUUCAGUUUCCGGCCAGUAUCUGAUUUUCCUCCCCCGGAGCCCUACAUCCCCUUUCAGAAGACUUAUCCCAGUAAAUUGGCCAGGACAGAUGGCAGAGGUUCAGGGAAAAAGGAGAGAGGUGCGCCCCCAUUGCCCCCCAUUCCAAGAUGAAGGAAUUGGACAGGAUGUUCUCAGUUAUUUCAUUUCUCUUUUUACCCUUCUUCCCUUCUUUCCCUUCAAAACAGUAUUCUACAUAUGUGGCACCUGAGGGCUGUUUCUGAAUAUGUCCCACCGUAGAGUCACACAGUAAAUUAAAUCAGAUGCCAGUUUCCAUGAUUUAUACUCAUGGUAUAUACAGUUGUAAAGCUCUGUGAAGUGCCUGACACAUUCCGGUCAUACUGUGCCAAUAUUUUUUUUAUUUUUAAGUUCUUUCUUGUAAUCAGCGUAAGAAGGGCAGAAUAGAAACACAGUUUUAGUAAUAACUAAAUAACUGAAAACGUGAAAUAUAUUGUUCAGCUCAAUCCCCAAUUGCUGCAGCCGUAUUGUGAGGUAGUUAAAGUAGACAAACUCUCAUUGUGUGCUUUUCUUUGCUGGUAAAAGAACAGAAGCCCCCCUUAUUUAGUGUUACACUCAACAUUCAAGCUAGUAUUGUCUCUCAUGACUAAAGAAACUAAAGAACGCUGCACUGCCCUGUGGGAUAUGUGUGUGGGGUCUCCAGCAUUGAAUGUGGAUGUUUUGCACAGACAAUACUUGUCAGACAUAUCCGAUUCUGAUCAUUACCACUCACUGUGCUGUCCACUGUGGGUGGUACUGUCUUCUCUGGAAUAAUCCUUGAUCACAUGUGACACUGUGGAUUGAGGAGUAUCUGGACAACAUCAGAAAUGCAAUGUCCCAUUCAUCACCCACUAUCAGGACCCACUAUAAUUCUCAUAGUUCACUUUGCUAUUUGUGAGUUUGACCUUUAGUAAAAAGUAGUUAAUGCCAGAUUUACUUCUGUUUUGGCCAAUUUACUGCUUCUUAACAAAUUUGACAACAGUUUUCUGAUAUUUAGCGCCCCCUGCAGACUUAUUUGUUUGUAUGUACAUUUUACAGUUUCGUGUUCUCAGAUUGAAAUGGUGAGAAAAACAUAUAUGUUUUCAAAAUAUUCAGCUAUAUACAGAUGUGAAUGGGGCCAUAAUGUCUUUGUAAGUAUUUAAAAUGAAUGGCUCCUCUGUUCUUUUGUAAGGAGAGCCAGAUGUGACUGAAAUGCAUGAAUUACAUAAAUGUCACAGAGGGAGAUUUAUGGAGCUUUAAAGCUAAAAUAAUAUUUGACUGGAUUUUGUAUAUAUUGAAUUAAAUGUACUUGACUUUUGAUCAACUUGAAAUAUUUAAUGGCGUAAUUUAUAACUUUAAAUUUGUCCAAGUUUUUGAUUGUGAAAUUGGCUGUUGAAAAUAAUGCAUUUUGAAAUGUUCAGAUUUAAAGAAAAAAUCAGACCCCUACAUUUUUAGAUCCAUAAAUUCAAAUCCAUCAGCCUGAGCUAAACUCACCUCUUGAGCUAAAUUCAUAUUCAUAUUUGAAGUGAAUAUAUGAGUUUAUGAAAUUUAAAAUGCAAAGAAAUGGUUACAAUUCAAAAGUAUUCAUUAUGCAAUUCAAUAUUUCAGGUUCGUCAAGUUAAGUCAUUUUAUUCAAACAUACCAAAUGCAGAUUUAAAUACUUAUGUCAGUGUUUAAUUUCCAUAGUGAUUAGGUUAUACAUUAUUAUAAUACAUUUAUUUAAAUAUCUUACUUUUAAGCCCUUAAUCAAAAUGUCUCUCAAUUGUACAUAGCUUUAUAACCUUUAUAACUACCGCUAUAUGGCAUUUCUGCUUUAUUCCAUUCUUUUUCAUUGGCCUGGCUGAUAUCAUGGUCAGUUUAAUGCCCCUCCCUCUUUGUGAGGAUGGAGUUAUUUUGCCUUAAAAUAUACUAUUUUUGUGUUUGUGCAGGAGUAUUACAGUGUGUAUAUUAGAGUGAUAUGAAGAGAAUUCGGUGGUCUGAAUGUCAGUCAGUCUGAUUUCUGUGUGCACUCCUGUUAGCACACAGGUUAAAGCUCCAGAUCAGUGUUUUCUGAUGUGUACUUUUAUUUCCUUACUCGCUUUAUUGAACACUUUGGACUGUGGACUGUAAAACAUGGUCCUAAAACAUUUCUUCGAUUAUGUGUAAUUGUGCGUUUUUUUACGUGAAGGAUGUGCCUUACUUGCUUCUGCAUGAUGUGUAGAUGUACAAUGAGAUGAAAACGAUAUGACCACAGAGUGCCUAAAGGUUUUAUAAUGUGGUUUCUUGUUUACUUUUUUGUGGACAUUAGUUCAAAAGUGCAGUAUUGUUUUGAUUCAUUGUUCAUUGUGUUCAUUGUGUUCAUUGUGUUCAUUUCACAAACUAUGUGUUUAAAGAUGCACUUUUUUAUUAGCCUUGUAUGAUUUACAUUACACAUACCCCUACAUGAUAAGCAGGGCCACAGUUUAAAUAAAUGUAUACACUAAACAAGCCUAACUUUAUGAACACCUCCUAGGUUCUACACCCAUUAAUCAGUUUAAAAACUCCAGUAGCACUGCUGUGUCUGAUCCACUCAUAUCAGUACAACACACACUAACUGCAGUGCUGUGAAUAAUGACCCACCACCUAAAUGUCAGCUGCUCUGUGGUGGUCUCUCCUGUGGAGUUCUGAUCAUUAAAAAAAACAGGGUGAAAAAAGGAUAAUAAAGUAUACAGAGAAACAGACACAUGACUACAGUCUGUAAUUAUAACUUCAACUACAGAAUGUCCUUUAAGAUCAAUGGAGCUAAUAAGAUGUGCUGGUCAUAAUGUUAUGCUUGAUUGGUGUAUAUCACGCCAUUGUUGCCUUAAUUGCUACUUUUCAAGUCCAAAGCAACUACAGCUCUGGAAAAAAUAAGAGGCCACUUAAAAAUGAUGAGUUUCUAUGAUUUUACCAAAUUGAAAACAUCUGGAAUAUAAUCAAGAGGGAUGAUCACAAGCCAUCAAACCGAGCUGAACUGCUUGAUUUUUUGCACCAGGAGUGCCAUAAAGUUAUCCAAAAGCAGUAUGUAAGACUGGUGGAGGAGAACAUGCCAAGAUGCAUGAAAACUGUGAUUAAAAACCAGGGUUAUUCCACCAAAUAUUGAUUUCUGAAAAUUUUAUAAAAAUAUGAAUUUGUUUUCUUUUGCAUUAUUUGAGGUUUGAAAGCUCUGCAUCUUUUUUGUUAUUUCCGCCAUUUUUCAUUUUCUGCAAAUAAAUGCUCUAAAAUACAAUAUUUUUAUUUAGAAUUUGGGAGGAAUGUUAUCCGUAGUUUAUAGAAUAAAACAACAGUGUUCAUUUUACUCAAACAUAUACCUAUAAAUAGCAAAAUCAGAGGAACUGAUUAAGUAAUUGACGUGGUCUCUUACUUUUUUCCAGAGCUGUAUAUAAUAUGAGCUUUAUUGCACAGGAUUUAGUGCACUUGUUUACAGGCUGUUACGAGAUUGAGGCUAGUGUGUUGUGAAUUGAGAGAAGGGAAGGAACUACCCUUUGAUAAUAUGCAAAUCUGUCUGCUCAUAACUGUGGCAGAAGUGUGAACUUGUGUUGUCACCACUUUAUGGGGUACUGCUUUUUUCUGUAUGCUUGGUACAUUUAAAUAACUCUGACUUUAUGCAGGUUCUGUGAUAAAUGUAAUGUAGGUGUGAAGUGUUUUAAAGAGGAAUUAUGCAGAUAUUUCAGAAUUUUUACACAAUUCAAUUAUUAAAAUGCAGUUGAAGUAAUUUAGAGAGUUUGGUGUGAAUUAGUUAAUUGUAGAGAAGAUUACUGGGUCUAUUAUAAUACUAUUCCAAUACUAAGGGUAGUAACCAAAGGAUCUCAACAAUGCAAAUAGAACCAUUUUAUUUAAUAUCCAAGAUUUAACUGACCAGUGCACCUACUGAUCAGAGAUGUUAUUACAAUGGCAUGUUGUAAUUAUGUCAUAAUAACUCAUAAUGAUGAGAUACUUUCCUAUACUUAUGAAGUGUUGUACGUCAUAAUUACAACAUACAUUUUUUUUAUUUUAUAAUUAUGGCAUGGACAAAAUGCUGAUGCAAUUGUAUGUAGGAUUCAUAAUGUACGUUUUCCUACAGCAUGACUUUCCACACCAAACCACUCUAAAUGUCUGUGUUUACAUCUGAUUACUUAUGCAAGAAAUUUUGGAAAUAUUAUGGACACUUUGAUUAGUUUAAUUGCAGUAUCUUUAAAUCUACACGGGUAAAAUUGUGUAAAAUGUACAUGCUUAAGAGGAAAGUUGAAGUCUGACCAAAAACCAAAGUGUACUUCCAGUGUCAGAGUACAGUAGUAUGUAAGAGUACAGUAUUACAGCAGGUGAAUGAUAAUCCUGAGGCACUUGGUACUUAUUAAGAGUUGCUACAAAAAUAGUUAAGUCUGGUUUUUUUUUUGUUUUUUUAUUCAUGUACUUUGAUUAAUUGCAGCAUCUCUUUGUGUUUGUGUGCCAAAUUAUGUUACGUUUUCUAAAUAAAUGAUAAAAUUAA